AUGCCCCGCCUGAGCAAAUUUCCCGUGCGCCUUAGCACCAGGGGGGGUGUAACCGUUGCCGCGCGUUCCGCCACUGCGCAACGCAGUGGUUUUCCGGUCGCCUUCCUCCCCAAGUCUCCGCGCACUUCGUCUCCCGCGUCCACUAGACGCGCCAGACCUCUCGAAAAGAGGCAUCCAUUAUCCCAUUCGCGGCGUUUUCACGUAGUGCGCACACGUGCAGCCGGAGACAACGACGACACUUCUAAUUUAACUUCGAACUCCGCGAAUCCCGAAUCCGGAGAUUCCGCAACAGCACCGUCCGCCAGCCGUCCAAUCAAGGCCGACGUUCCAUUGGCUGACCCCGUAGCCGCUGACGAAACUGCGCAGCAACUUCAAGCCGUGAAGCAGCAGCAGCAGCAGGAGCAAUCGAGCGAAGCUUCGCAGCAGCAGCAGCAGCUGUCGCUUGAAGACGUCAACCCUGUGGAUCUCGGCCGUCGAUCUCGACAAUUUCUCGACGAUGUGUGGCGGAGAUUGAUCCAGCUGGGCCAGAUAGCGCGUCCGGCGCCGGUGGAUGCGGAGGAUUAUACCGAGCUCGUGCGAGGAGGCUUGGAUGCCGAUUUCGGUGUUCCUAGCGCGCAAUUUACGACUGUGCUUGUAGCGGGAGCGACGGGCCGCGUCGGAAAGGUGCUUGUAAGGAAGCUGCUCUUGCGCGGGUACACUGUUAAAGCCCUUGUAAGAAGCGCGGACGCUGAGACGCUCGAGCAGCUGCCACGUGCGUGCCAGGUGGCAGUCGCUGAUUUGGCCGACGAGGCGGCGCUUCAAAAGGCGGUGGAGGGGUGCAAUAAGGUCGUCUUCUGCGCCUCGGCUCGAUCCGGAAUGGCCGCUGACCUCCAACGAGUCGACCACAUGGGCGUAGUUAAUCUCUCCAAGGCGUUCCUAGACUAUAAUCACCAAUUAGCGCAGCGCCGCGCCGGCCGCAGCAGCAAGAGCAAAGCUCUGGUGCUUAGACUCAGUAAGGAGCGGUUCCAGGAGGGGUGGGAGCUAGGAGAGGGGCGGACUAUUAAAGACGAUAUAGACCUGCGGUACGGAGCGGGGAUGGAUGCGGAGUUUAGUAUCACGGAGGACGGGAGGGGCGUGUUUUCCGGAUACGUGUUCACGCGCGGAGGGUAUGUGGAGGCGAAGAGACGGAUCGCGCUUCCAGAGGGAUUGUCAUUUGGACGAUUCGAGGGUCUGGUGUUCCGGUUCGUGUCCGAUGGCAAGCCAUAUUCGCUGGUUCUGCGAGUGGCCAAGGACGGAACGCGCGUGGAGAGAGUGGGGGAGGACGGGGAGAUUGUGGUGGAGGAAGAGGAGGAGGUGGAGGAGGAGGAGUAUGAGUAUGUGGCUGUUGUGAAGACAAGGAGAGGGCAGAACACGAUCCGCAUCCCCUUUUCCGCCUUCCGCCCACCUUCCCCAUCUGACCCGCCGCUUGAUCCCUCCCUCAUCUCCUCUCUCGCUCUGCGAUACGAGCAGCGCCGCACGAAACCAUCCGUGGCGGCGCCCCUGCCACCGGGCCGGGCGGCAUCCAAGGCCGGGGCGGAAGGGGACAAUGCCGCCGCCCCUGCUGACCCAAACAGCUUCAAGCUCGCCCUGCAAUACGUCAAAGCCUUCCCUGGGGGAGAGGAGACGGACUUCGUGUUGGUGUCAUGCUCGGGAGCAGGAGUACCAGAGGAGAGCAGAGAGAGAGUGGUUAAAGCCAAGAUGGCGGCAGAGACCCAUCUGCGCAACAGCGGGCUGGGAUACACCAUUGUGCGCCCAGGGCCGCUGCUGGAGGAGCCGGGUGGGAGGAAGGCACUAGUGUUCGACCAAGGGAACAGAAUCACGCAGGGUAUAAGCUGUGCUGACGUGGCAGACGUGUGUGUGAAGUCUCUUCACGACCCGACAGCGCGUAACAAGAGCUUCGAUAUCUGCUAUGAGUAUACGGACAACUCGGGACUCUAUGAGCUGGUGGCUCAUCUACCAGACCGGGCCAACAACUACCUCACACCUGCACUGGCCCAGCUGGAAAAGAACACCUGA